GGAGAAAGAGGAGAGGAGAGAGGACAGCGGAGGAGAUGAGAGGGGAGAGGAGAGGAGAGGAGAUGAGAGGGAGAGGGGGUGCGAGAAGGGUGGAGAGGGAGAGGAGUAGGGGGGUGGAAGGAACAGGCCCAUUAGGCAUAAGGAGGAGAGGAGAGGAGAGGAGAGGAGAGGAGAGGAGAGGAGAGGAGAGGAGAGGAGAGGAGAGGAGAGGAGAGGAGAGGAGAGGAGAGAAAGACAAGAGAUCUCUGAUUGAUGGCGUUAAGAAUACCAGACCUCAAAAAGUUUCAUCAAAGAAGAGGGCAGGCAGGGAUCAAUGUAAUAAGGGUUGCUGGUGGUGAUGGACCUUCUAUCAGACAGAAAGUCACAGUCGGAGGCUGAAGUUCAGAGCGGUUGACAGCACUUCCAAUCACAAAGAUCUGAGGAUACAGAGUUCACUUGUUCUGUCUCCUGCUGUACAUCAGUAUUUAUGUCUCUGUGUGUGACUGCUUCUGUCUGUAUAUCAGUCUUUCUGUGUUUCUGUGUGUGACUACUUCUGUCUGUACAUCAUUCUUUCUAUGUCUGUGUGUGACUGCUUCUGUCUGUACAUCAGUCUUUCUGUGUCUGUGUGUGACUGCUUCUGUCUGUACAUCAUUCUUUCUGUGUCUCUGUGUGUGACUGCUUCUGUCUGUACAUCAGUCUUUCUGUGUCUGUGCGUGACUGCUUCUGUCUGUACAUCAGUCUUUCUGUGUCUGUGCGUGACUGCUUCUGUCUGUACAUCAGUCUUUCUAUGUCUGUGCGUGACUGCUUCUGUCUGUACAUAAGUCUUUCUGUGUCUCUGUGUGACUGCUUCUGUCUGUACAUCAGUCUUUCUGUGUCUCUGUGCGUGACUGCUUCUGUCUGUACAUCAGUCUUUCUGUGUCUGUGCGUGACUGCUUCUGUCUGUACAUCAGUCUUUCUGUGUCUCUGUGUGACUGCUUCUGUCUGUACAUAAGUCUUUCUGUGUCUCUGUGUGACUGCUUCUGUCUGUACAUCAGUCUUUCUGUGUCUCUGUGUGUCACUGCUUCUGUCUGCAUCAUCAGUCUUUCUGUGUCUCUGUGUGUGACUGCUUCUGUCUGCAUCAUCAGUCUUUCUGUGUCUCGGUGUGUGACUGCUUCUGUCUGCAUCAGACAGAUUUUCUGCUGAGGGCCUGAAUCUGCCUUCUGUCUCUCUCUAGUUCUGUCUCUCUCUACCUACUCUCUCUCUCUCCCCCCUCUCUGCCUUCUCUUUCUCCCUCCCCCAUCUCUCUCUCUUUUCUCUCUCCCCCUUCUGUCUCUAUGUCUCUCUCUCUCUCUCUCUCUCUCUCUCUCUCUCCUCUCUCUCUCUCUCUCUCUCUCUCUCUCUCUCUGUCUCUCAAUUUCAAUUCAAGGGGCUUUAUUGGCAUGGGAAACAUAUGUUAAAAAAAAAGUGAAAUAAACAAUAGAAAUUUCAAAUGUCAUAUUAUGUCUAUAUACAGUGUUGUAGCGAUGUGCAAAUUAGUGAAAGUACAAAAGGGAAAAUAAAUAAAUAUGGGUUGUAUUUACAAUGGUGUUUAUUCUUCACUGGUUGCCCUUUUCUUGUGGCAACAGGUCACAAAUAUUGCUGCUGUGAUUGCACACUGUGGUAUUUCUCCUAAUAGAUAUGGGAGUUGAUCAAAAUUGGAUUUGUUUUCUAAUUCUUUGUGGGUCUGUGUAAUCUGAGGGAAAUAUGUGUCUCUAUUAUGGUCAUACAUUUGGCAGGAGGUUAGGAAGUGCAGCUCAGUUUCCACCUCCAUUUUGUGUGCAGUGUGCACAUAGCCUGUCUUCUCUUGAGAGCCAGGUCUGCCAACGGCGACCUUUCUCAAUAGCAAGGCUAUGCUCACUGAGUCUGUACAUAGUCAAAGCUUUCCUUAAUUUUGGGUCAGUCACAGUGGUCAGGUAUUCUGCCACUGUGUACUCUCUGUUUAGGGCCAAAUAGCAUUCUAUUUUGCUCUGUUUUUUUGUAAAUUCUUUCCAAUGUGUCAAGUAAUUAUCUUUUUGUUUUCUCAUGAUUUGGCUGGGUCUAAUUGUGUUGCUGUCCUGGGGCUCUGUGGGGUCUGUUUGUGUUUGUGAACAGAGCCCCAGGACCAGCUUGCUUAGGGGGCUCUUCUCCAGGUGAAUUUCUCUGUAGGUGAUGGCUUUGUUAUGGAAGGUUUGGGAAUCGCUUCCUUUUAGGUGGUUGUAGAAUUUAACGGCUCUUUUCUGGAUUUUGAUCAUUAGCGGGUAUCGGCCUAAUUCUGCUCUGCAUGCAUUACUUGGUGUUUUACGUUGUACACUGAGGAUAUUUUUGCAGAAAUCUGCAUGCAGAGUUUCGAUUUGGUGUUGGACCCCAGACCUCACAACCAUAAAGGGCAAUGGAUUCUAUAACUGAUUCAAUUAUUUUUUGUCAGAUCCUAAUUGGUAUGUCGAAUUUUAUGUUCCUUUUGAUGGCGUAGAAGGCCCUUCUUGCCUUGUCUCUCAGAUUUUUCACAGCUUUGAGGAAGUUACCUGUGGCGCUGAUGUUUAGGCCGAGGUAUGUGUCGUUUUUUUGUGUGCUCUAGGACAACAGUGUCUAGAUGGAAUUUGUAUUCGUGGUCCUGGCAACUGGACCUUUUUUGGAGCACCAUUAUUUUAGUCUUACUGAGAUUUACUGUCAGGGCCCAGGUCUGACAGAAUCUGUGCUACUGUAGGCCCUCCGUGGUUGGGGACAGAAGCACCAGAUCAUCAGCGAACAGUAGACAUUUGACUUCAGAUUCUAGUAAGGUGAGGCCGGGUGCUGCAGACUGUUCUAGUGUCCUCGCCAAUUCGUUGAUAUACAUGUUGAAGAGGGUGGGGCUUAAGCUGCAGCCCUGUCUCACCCCUCGGCCCUGUGGAAAGAAAUGUGUGUGCCUCAUGAUUGAGCAUAGCUCUGUUCAAGUAGAGUGUGAUUUUGCUGUGAUCUGAUAGGGGUGUCAGUGGACUGACUGUGAACACUCUAAGAGACUCUGGGUUGAGGUCAGUGAUAAAGUAGUCUACAGUACUACUGCCAAGACAUGAGCUAUAGGUGUACCUACCGUAGGAGUCCCCUCGAAGCCUACCAUUGACUAUGUACAUACCCAGCGUCCGACAGAGCUGCAGGAGUUGUGAUCCGUUUUUGUAGGUUAUGUUGUCAUAGCUGUGUCUACGGGGGCAUUGGGGGAGGGAAUGCUGUCACCUCCAGGUAAGUGUCUGUCCCCCUGUGUGCUGAGGGUGUCAGGUUCUUGUCCAGUUCUGGCAUUUAGGUCGCCACAGGCUAGUACAUGUCCCUGGGUCUGGAAGUGGUUGAUCUCCCCCUCUAGGAUGGAGAAGCUGUCUUCAUUAAAGUAUGGAUAUUCUAUUGGGGGGGAUAUAGGUAGCACACAUGAGGACAUUUUUCUCUGUUGAGAUCAUUUCCUUAUUAAUUUCUAGCCAGAUGUAAAAUGUUCCUGUUUUGACUCAUUUAAAAUAGUGGGUUAGGUCUGCUCCAAACUAAAUUAGCUUACCCCCUGAGUCCCUUCCCUGUUUCACACCUUGUCGUUUUGUGGAUGGGACUACCAGCUCUCUGUAACCUCGAGGGCAACCAGUGGGUCCAUCUCCUCUAUACCAUGUUUCUUGUAGGAAGACAAUGUCUGUAUUUCUGAUUUAUUUGGUGAAGUCUGGCUUCCUGCUCUUUAGGCCAAAGGCAGAUGACCUCAGGCCUUGUAUAUUCCAGGAUGAGAUAGUAAAAGCUUUGUGUUCCAUAGUGUAUUUUUGUGUGGUUUAUGCCCGGACCAUUACAGUAGGUGUGAUCAGAGCAUUUUAAGCGUCUGAUACAUACCUCUUAGGUUGCAGGAUGGUGCUUGGCCGGGUGUAAUAGUGGGGGUUGGGCCUGUUGCUCUGCGCACGGCCUGGGCAUCUCUCUCUCGCGCUCUCUCUGUCGCUCUCUCUCUCUCCGUCUCUCUCUCCAAUGUGUUUAUCCCAAUGGGUCAAAGCAGGACAUACUGUUUUAUAUGAGUACAGUGUACAGUGAUGUAAAAAAUAUAUUUGCCCCGUUUCUAAAUUUCUCUACUUUUGCAUAUUUUUAAUACUGAAUGUUAUCAGAUCUUCACCCUAAUCCUAAUAUUAGAUAAAUGGAACCUGAGUGAACAAAUAACACAACAAUUACAUACGUAUUUCAUAGACAAAGUUAUGGAACAUCCAAUGCCCCUGUGUGAAAAAAUAAUUGCCUCCUUACACUCAAUAACUGGUUGUGCCACCUUUAGCUGCAAUGACUACAACCAAGCGCUUCUCGUAGUUGUUGAUCAGUCUCUCACGUCGCUGUGGAGUAAUUUUGGCCCACUCUUGGACGAGAUGGGUCCCAUUAUAUCUGGCGAAAACCAAACACUGCAUUCCACAGUAAGAACAUACCAAUGGUCAAGCAUGGUGAUGGUUUGAGGAUGCUUUGCUGCCUCAGGACCUGGAUGACUUGCCUUAAUAGAAGGAACCAUGGAUUCUAAAAUAGAACACUGAGUUCAAUAGUGUUCUAGAAACACACCCCUCAAAGGAGAAUCAGAGUAAUUAUGUACCACAGAGCAGUGUUGUAGUACUCCAGACCACAGAGCAGUGUUGUAGUACUCCAGACCACAGAGCAGUGUUGUAGUACUCCAGACCACAGAGCAGUGUUGUAGUACUCCAGACCACAGCAGUGUUGUAGUACUCCAGACCACAGAGCAGUGUUGUAGUACUCCAGACCACAGAGCAGUGUUGUAGUACUCCAGACCACAGAGCAGUGUUGUAGUACUCCAGACCACAGAGCAGUGUUGUAGUACUCCCAGACCACAGAGCAGUGUUGUAGUACUCCAGACCACAGAGCAGUGUUGUAGUACUCCAGACCACAGAGCAGUGUUGUAGUACUCCAGACCACAGAGCAGUGUUGUAGUACUCCAGACCACAGAGCAGUGUUCUAGUACUCCAGACCACAGAGCAGUGUUGUAGUACUCCAGACCACAGAGCAGUGUUGUAGUACUCCAGACCACAGAGCAGUGUUGUAGUACUCCAGACCACAGAGCAGUGUUGUAGUACUCCAGACCACAGAGCAGUGUUGUAGUACUCCAGACCACAGAGCAGUGUUGUAGUACUCCAGACCACAGAGCAGUGUUGUAGUACUCCAGACCACAAAUUGAGUGUCUCGGUCUUGUCUCAGUGUCGGAUACAUUUGUACUCGGUCUUGACUCGGUCUCAGACAUUGAGGACUUGCAGAGUAAAAAACUCAUAAUUAUCAGCUUCCAUUCAGUCAGCGCAUAAAUCCGCUUCGCCAGGCCAAAUAUAUGCACUCCUUUCUUGAAACAUAUCUUAACAGCCUUUAUAUCUAUUAUAGCCAUGUUUGCGCAGUGGUGAACCUAAAGGCCUUCAGUGUGUGACAGGUUCGUGAUUCUGAAAGGACAGCAACCGUGAUACCAGCGCACUCAUGUAGGAGUGCACUUUUUGUAAAACAAAAAGGGCCAGUGCUGUAGUGGAGGGUAUACGCAGGUAUAAGCCGUAUACCCACUUUUUGUUCAGUGGGCAUGCUUAUACUCACUUCUUAAUCCCAACUGAUGCGUAUAUAGUAGUGUAGUGGAGGUAUAUGACUUAUCAAUGACGUAGUACAAUAGAGAAAUCAUGCACAAAGUAGCCUACACAAUCGCAAAGCACGUGAAAUAUAUUCACAUGCACGCCGCACACAGCCUAGUUCCAGUGGAAUAUAAUCUGCAGGCAGCAAUAGUGUGCAGCUCUCAACUGGUUUUGGCAUGGAGCAGCUCACAGACGAAUGACAUCGGUAGCCGGCAGGGUAUAAUAAUAAUAAGCCAUUUAGCAGACGCUUUUAUCCAAAGCGACUUACAGUCAUGCGUGCAUAAUUUUUUUUUUGUGUAUGGGUGGUCGCGGGGAUCGAACCCACUACCUUGGCGUUACAAGCGCCGUGCUCUACCAGCUGAGCUACAGAGGACCACAGGGUAGGGAAGACGUUUCAACUUAUGAUAUCUACCAGUAAAUGCAAACUAAGGCAACAAUGGGUAUGCAAACCAGGUAUUGAAAAAGUUGUGAUGCGCAAUUGUCAUCAUGCACGGUUUGGAUCAGGGGUGUAGACAUGGAUGGGCCUGGGUGGACAGAGGCCAACCCACUGGGGAGCCAGACCCUGACAGGCCAACUCAAUCAGAGAGAUGUGGUUUAAGCAUUGUUGUGGAUUUAGUCCAUCAUUUAUUUAUUUUAUUCUAUAAAAAAAAGGUGGGAUUUUGAGAGUGAAAAUCUGAAAAAAAAUCUAUAGGAAAACUCAUAAAAAAACAUAGGAAACAUUUUUCACACAUGGUGCCUUUCCUUCGCUGGGCAAGCUGUUUUGGAACUUUUUGGCAAACUUUAUAGUAUAUCCACUUCUCCAGGCACCACUACACCACUGCAUAGGGCCGAUGGAAAGACAGCAGUCCAUAAACUCAGACAUAAUAAGCCAGUAGGUCCCAAUCAUAAGAAUACAAAAACACAACCAUUAAGCAUUUCCCAAUGGAAAUGUACAACUAUUACUUCCCAUUGCAAAAAACAUUUCACGUUUAGCACACAAAGUAACCGGUGACCUAAAGUUUAUAGUCUAACUGACAGCGUUUUAACUACUUUGCAGAUAUGAAACAAACAGACAAUCAAUAUUGCUAUCAGGUUGUAAAUCAGAUGGUCUGGUACAUUGUUUGCUAUCUCCAUUCGGGAUGCACUGUUUCAGUUUCAAUGACUCAAUUUUCUGGACAAAAAUGGACGAAUGUAACUAAGGCUGGGAAUGUCAACACAAUCAAACUAGCAAGGGCAAUGAUCACAAGUCAUUCAUAACAUGGCUAAUAGGCUAGCGUAUCUAUUUAUGUAGUAAGCUAAAAACACAGAGGCUAACUUUAGCUAGAUAGCUAGCUAGCUAGCUAGCUGCUAGGAGUAUGUCAUGUCAUGCCAAUGGAGGAGUGAGUGCGUGACUGACUUUUUCCCCUCAAAUCGUUUUUCGGUGGCUAUACACAGCUAGAGAUGCAGGUGUCAUUUGGUUAGCUAGCAAGAACUUGAACGACUGCUAUACAGUUAGCAUAUCUCUUGCGUUCGCAAAUUCACUCUGGCUAUCUACUCCGAUUUCAGAGCACUCUCAUCUGAGUGUGCCAGAGCGCAGAACAACUGACAAAUUUACGAACGCGCAACACUUGCUGAAUAUGAUCGGUGUCAGAGUGAGGUGUUAUCUCAUUUGUCUCUGGAAGUACCUAGCUAACAAGCUAGCCAACUUUAGCCAGUUAGCUUGGGUGCUUGGUUUGGACAAGCAUGCAUUGGCUGGCAAGCUGCAGAAGGACGAGGAGGCAACUACCUGUAAACACACAGUCCAGUUCAAAGUGAAUGAUGGCAGGCCCGUGUGGCAAAUGGCUUGUUUGUAUACAUCUUUUUUUAAAUGUCAUGUUCUUCCUGGGGCUGUAUAUGAACAGAUUUUAAUAAGAUUUCAUGUUGCUAAAAUGCUGUCAGUUCCACUUUAAAUGCAACAAUGUUUCACACACACAUAAGUUAUUUUCAAAGAGAUGGCUAACAACAGUAAGCUUGCUGCAAUAAAAAACACAGUUCCACUCACCAGAUGAUGAUCAUUUGAAACUUUACUUCUUGUUGAAAGUUACUCUUGAAAAGAGAGAAGAUAACAAAUUAGCAACAACAUCAUUUUUAAUAACACCUGCUGCAGCCGCUGCAAACUAGCCGACAACAAAAGCUAGCUAGCUAGACCGUGGGAAAACUACUGCUCGCUAUUGCGCAGUGACCUGUUGGCCUUCAAUUUUCCAUAAAUUUUAGUAAAAAUGGUUCCACUCAUUAAGUCAAAAUGUGAUUGGUUGAUUCCACUGUCACUCCAAAAUGUUGCCCUAAUACAGUUGAAUGGCAGAUGGCUUUGUCUAGCUUCUGAUGGCCUAGCCAAUGGCUAACUUUGCUAGCUAGAUUUAUCUCCCCAGUGACCAGCAAAGAAAAAUCCUGAUUGGAAUUUUUUUUCUCUUCAGUGUUAACCCUUUACUUUCCAACAAAAACUGAAGAGAUUAAAUUAGAACAUCAUUUAAAAUAAUAAUAUAAUUAUUAUUAUAUUAUUAUAAUCAUUAUUGUAUAAAUCCUUAGCCCUUCUCUGAAGGCGUAGAAGGCCCAUUGUUCCCCACUGUGUUUGGGUUAGUAAUAAUUUGUUGAGUGGCUCUAUUUUCGCUCAGCAUGCAUUUUUUUUCACUAUUCUGAAUGUCUAAAGAAUCCUUAAAUUGUUCUGAAAUAUGAACACAGGACAUUUUGAACUCUUAUUAUGGUGGUCUUGACUCUGACUCAAUUUGCUCCGGGCAUGGUCUUGAAUCGGUCUCGCUUUAGGUGGUCUCGAACACAACACUGCCACAGAGCCUAGCAGCAGUUCCAGAGGUGUGCUUCCAUUGUGUUCCACAGUGUUGAAGGGUUCCAGGGAAGUGGUUCUAUUCUACUUCACAGCACGGAGGUCCAGGAUUAACACAACUCUAUCAGGGAUUAAACCUAGACCUCUCCCUCAACUGAUCUUGUCUGUUUCAUUCUCACCUUCUUCCUUCUCCCUCGUUACUUAUUUCUUUUCAGGCUGGGGCUGGGAUAAGAGCCUGCUCUGAGGGAUUUACCCUUUUCAUUAAGAGAUUGACCCUGGCAUUCUCUCAUUCUCUCCCUGCUUUAGUUUAAACCAGGAAUUACAAUGUACUGCUUUGGCCUUUAUACAGAACACUCUCUCAUUAUACACUUAACAAUUCUCCCUCAUUUCUCUUGUGCAGUUUUUUUUUCUCUCUCUCUCUCUCUCUCUCUCUCUCUCUCUCCAUCUCUCUCUCUCUCCUCUCUCUCUCCCUCUCUCUCUCUCUCUCUCUCUCUCUCUCUCUCUCUCUCUCUCUCCUCUCCUCUCUCUCUCUCUCUCUCCUCUCUCUCUCUCUCUCUCUCUCUCUCUCUCUCUUUCUCUCUCUCCUCUCUCUCUACUUCUCUCUCGCUCUCUCUCUCCUCUCUCUCCUUCUCACAUUCUCGAUGUAGCAAAUAACUUAUGCACCUCAGAUCUGAUUAUGAUUUUAUCUCUGAAUAUUGAUCUCUCACAUUUCAUAUUUUAGUUAUUUCAGAUUUCCACUCCCUGCAGUAUUAACGUUACAACCCAGGUAAUUCAUUUUACCACUGAAGUAGUUAGUAUUCUAUGAACAGAAGCAUACUGCCACUGUCAGUGAUGCUGUAGGUGGGUGUAGUGGUGGGAAUCAAGCGCAGGACACCAAGUACUCCAAAGACUUUUUUCCCUCCCCCCCCUCCCCCCCCCCCCCCCUCCCUUUUUUUUUUUCCCCCCCUUUUUUUUUUUUAGGCCAACCCCUGGGGAGCCAGAACCCUGACAGCCAACUCAAUCAUCAAGAGAUGCUGGUUUAAAGCUUGUUGUGGAUUUUUAGUCCAUCAUCAUUAUUUAUUUUAUUCCUAUACAAAAAAGGUGGGAUUUUGAUGUGAACAUCUGAAAAAACUCUAUAGGAAAACGUCAUAAAAAACAUAGGACAUUUAUUCACAUCACCUGGUUCUUCCUUCGCUGGGCAAGCUGUUUUUGGAACUUUUUUGGCAAACGUUUAUAGUAUAGUCGCACUUCUCAUCUCCAGGCCUCUCACGGCACCAACUUACAAAACCACUGCAAGAUAUGGCCGAGGAAAUACCAGCAUUCCCUAAACUCAGACAUAAAUAAACAGUAGGUCCCAAUCAUAAAAUACCAAAACACAACCAUGAAGUCAUUUCCCAAUGGAAAGUGUACAACUAGUACUGUUCCCAUUGCAAAAACCCCUUUCACGUUUAAGCACACAAAGUAACCCCGGUGACCUCAAUUUUAUAGUCUAACAUACAAAAGCGUUUUAAAACUACUUUGCAGAUAUAAAGCAAACAGCCAAAAUCAAUAUUGCUAUCAGGUUAGUAAAUCAGUGGGGUCUGGUACAUGUUGUGCUAAAUCUCCAUUCGGGAUUGCACUGUUUCAUUUUUCAAUCAUCAAUGACUCAAUUUUCUGGCCAAAAAUGUGUCGAAUGUAACUAAGGCGGGAAUGUCAACAAACAACACACGCAAAAAACUAGAAGGGCCAUGAUCACAAGUGAUUCAUCCCAUGGCUAAUAGGUCUAGCGUAUCUAUUAUUAGUAAAGCUAAAAUAAAACACAGAGGCUAACUUUAGCUAUCUAGUAGCUAGCAAGCUAGCUGCUAGGAUUUCAUGGUCAUGCAUGGGAGAGUGAGUGAGUGACUGAAGCUUUUUUCCCCUCAAAAAAACAAAAUCGUUUUUUGGUGGCUAUCCAACAAGCUAGAGAUUGCAUGUGGUCCAUAUUUGGUUAGCUUGGGCAAGAACUUUGAACGAAACUGCUAUACAGUUAGCAUAAAUCCUCUUGUACGUACGCAAAUUCCACUCUGGCUAUCGACUCCGAUUCAGAGCACUCGCUCAUCUGAGUGUGUGCAGAGCGGAAGAAACAACUUGACAUUUAACGAACGCGCACAACACUUGCGGAGUAAUAUCGGUGUACCAGUGCGGUGUUGUCAUCUCAUUUGUCCUCUGGAAGUACCCCCUAGCUAACAGCUAGCACUUUAGGCCGUUAGCUUGGGUGCUUGGUUGGACCACACUGCAUGGCUUGUCCAAGUCUGCAGAAGACGUAAGGAAGGUCAACUACCUGUAAACACACAGUCCAUUUCAGUGACAUGAUGGCAGACCGUGGGGCAACUGGCUUGUUUGUAUAACAUCUUUUUUAAAUGUCAUGUUCUUUCUUCCUGGGCUGUAUAUUAAACAGAUUAAUAAGACUUUAUGUUGCUUAAAAAAAUGCUGUCAGUUUCCACUAAAUGCAACAAUGUUUCCCACCCCUAAGUUAUUUCAAAGAGAUGCUUACCAAACAACAUUAAGCUUUGCUGCAAUAAAAAACACAGUUUCCCACCACUCACCAGAUGAUAUAAAUCAUUGAAACUUUCCUUCUUGUUGAAAGUUAUCUUGAAAAGAGAGAAGAUAACACUUAGCACACAUCAUUUUUAAUACACCUGCUGCAGCGCCGCUGGGCAAACUAGCCCCGACAACAACAGCUAGCUAGCUAGAACACGUGAAACCUACUGCCGCUAUUGAGCGCAUUAACAUCGUUGGCCUUCAAUUUUUCCAUAAAUUUUUAGUAAAUGGUUCCACUUUCAUUAAUUCAAAAGUGAAUUGGUUGAUUCCACUGUCCCUCAAAAUUUCCCUAAUACCUUUGAUGGCAGAUGGCUUUGUCUAUCUUCUGAUGCCUAUCCAAUGGUAACUUUUGCUAGCUAGAAUUUAUAUCUCCCCCUUGUACGUCAGCACAGAAAAAAAUGCUGAUUGGAAUUUUUGUUUCUCUUCAGUGUUAACCCCUUUACGUUCCAACAAAAACUGAAGAAUUAAUUAGAACGUCAUUUAACAUAAUAAUUAAUUAUUAUUAUAUUAUUAUAAUCUUAUUGUAUAAAUCACUUACCAUUCUCUGAGGCUAGAAGGCCCAUUGUUUCGUUCCCCACUGUGUAUUGGGUUAGUAAUAAUUUGUUGAGUGGCCUCUAUUUCGCCCCUUCAACAUGCAUUUUUUUCACUAUUCUGAAUGUCUAAGCAUCCUUAACUUGUUCUGAAAUAUGAACACAAUAAGGACAUUUGAAACUCUUAGUAUGGGUGGUCGUGACUCUGACUCAAUUUGCUCCGCGGUCUUGAUCUGGCGUUCUCGCUUUAGUGGUCUCGAACCCCAACACGCCACAGAGCCUAGCCACCAUUUCCAGAGGUUCUUCCAUGUGUUCCACAUUGUUUGAAUGGUUCCUAGGGAAUUGGUCUAUUCCUUCACAGCACGGAGUUCCCAGGAUUAACAGCAACUCUAUCAGGGAUUAAACCUAAGACCUCUCCCUCACUGAUCUUGUCUGUUUCAUUCUCACCUUCUUCUUCUCCCUCUUACUUAAUUCUUUUCAGCGGUGGCGGGAGAGAGCCGGCGCGAGGGAUUGGAACACUUUACCCUUUGCAUUAAGAAUUGGACCCUGGCAUUCGCGCAUCUCUCUCCCUGCUUUAGUUUAAACCAGGGAAGUACAAUGAUACUGCUUGGGCCUUUAUACAGAACACAUCUAACUCGCAUGAUACACGUACAAUUCUCCGCAUGGCGCGUGGUGCAGGGUGUGUGCCGCUCUCUCUCUCUCUCGCUCUCACUCUGCAUCUCCCUCACUUCCCUCCUCUCCCCUCUCCUCACUCCUCUCUCUCUCCCGUCCGCAAUCCAUCUCUCUCCUUCCUCUCCUCUCUUUCCCUCCCUCUCUCUCCUCUAGCGUCUCUCUCUCCUCGUCUCCCUCGUCCUCCCCUCUUCAUUGACUCUCUCUCGCUCCGAAUCUUCGCUCCUCCCCUUCCCGGUCCUUCUCUCUUCUCUUCGGUCCUCUCCUUCUUCUUCUCUCCGUUCAUCGGUUCCUGCCCACUCGCUCUCUCCUCUCUCCCUCUCUUCAUGCUCUCCCCUCCGUGCUCUCUUUUUUUUCUUUCUUUUAAUGUUUCUCUCUUCCCUCUCUCUCUCUCUCUCAUCUCUCCUCUCUCUUCUCCUCUCUCUCUUCAUCCUCCUCAUCGUCUCCCUAUCUGGCUAGAUCGUCUCUCUCACCUCCUCUCCCUUCUCUCUCCAUCUCUGCUCUCCCUCGAUCUAAUCAAUCCCAAUCCUCUGCUCUCUCUCCUCUCUCUCUUCUUCCUCUUACUCUUCCUCUCCCUCUUCCUAACUUUCUCUCUAUCGCUUCUCUACUCUCUCCUCCUCAUCUCUUCUCACAUUUACUCGUGUAGCAAAAACUUUAUGCAACCUCAGACUGAUUAUGAUUUUAAUCUCUGAAUAUGGAUCUCUCCCAUUUCAUAUUUUAAGGUAUUCAAUUUCCACUCCCUGUCAUUAAUUAGCGUUACACCCAAUGUAAUUCAUUUUUAACCACUGAAGUAGUUAGUAUUCUAUGAAAAAGCAUACUGCCACUGUCAGUGAUGCUGUAGGAUGGGUGUAGUACGGUGGAAUAAGCGAGUGACAAAACCGAAGUACAAGUCCCAAAAGACUUUAGUGAACAUCCCACAAUGGAAAAAUGAAAAACUUGCCCGCAAGGCGAAACUCCGCACGUAGCUACAAAACAAAACGUGCGCAAACUACACAGGUGCGUCAAACGCUCCAACACCGUGGAGAAUAGCUCACCGAGCGAAUAUUUAAAACACGACCAUCAACGCACGCAAAAAUAAAAGGCAAUCACACACCAACACUAGAACAACACAACGAGAAACUUUAGGACACUAAUUACCAACUAAACGUAACAGGUGUCCACAACAAACAGACAAAAGCCAACGAACAUAGAAACAGAUGCAACGGUGGAGCUAGUAUUCCGGAGACGACGAAACGGCCGAGCCUGCCCGAGCAGGAAGAGAGGGAGAAAGCGCCUCUGCCGGAACCCUUGACAGUACGCCCUCCACCCUGCCCCUCCACACACCACCCCCCGCACUCCACCCCUUUGUUACUCUCGCUCCAACUGAUGUGCGACCUACUCCCGGCCUCGGUGGACGGGACCAGGAGAACUCAUAGUCCGGGUGCGAUCGGGUUCCCACGAUGUGAUUCCGUCAGGAGAGACGUCCAACUGUCUCUUUCUCCUGGCACCGCACACCUCCUCCGGACCUGUACCCCUCCCACUCACUAGAUAUUGGAGACCCCCCACCAUCCGACUUCUCGAAUACCAAGAUGGACCACGCACAGAGUACAGCCGGUGCCACCCCCCACACCCCCCCGACUCCCCCCCAACCCCAAACCCGCCCCCCCCCUCGUGAUGUCCCGUUGGGGCUGAGUAUUCCUCCCUGUCCUCACUUUUUGGAGUGGGCCAGCUACCACCGGCCUGAGAAGAGACACUGUGAACGAGGUUAAUACUUUUAUAUUCAACAGUUAGUUGUAAUUAUGUAAACCACACCCGUUACACUCUUCUCAGGACCUUAAAUGCCUACCCAACCCGCCGACCACAGUUUCCGACAGGGCAGGCGGAGGGGCAAGGUUUUGUAGAGACGCCAGGACUCGAUCACCAGUGUCGUACACCGGUACCCCUCACUGCGGUUGGGAGAUCGUCGCAUCGCCUUAUGACGAGGAGGGCACCGCUGCAGGUGGACCGUGAUAGCAAGCGUUUCCCAUUCCAUGUCUCCGCUCGGCGCCGCGCAAGCAUCCCACCGCAGGAGCCCUAUCGAUCUGGUCUCUGCUCCGAAAGGUGUCCAAGAACCGGGCUGGUAAAACCUAACCCACUUGAAAAGGGGUUAGGUUAGUGGAGGAAUGGCGUAGGGAUUCUGGCCAUUUACGGCCCUCAGGGAACGUACCUUAGCCCACUCCUCCGCCGCUGCCUUGCAUGUAUGUUCCUAAGAAACAACCAUCCCCGCAUCCUGUUCACGCGUUCCACCCACCUGCACUCAUUACAUGCUCCGUGUGUUAACACCCUAGGUUGGCUUUCACCGAGACCCCCAACCGCUCCAUACAAAAGCUCCCGACUCUCUGGAGGUAAAUUGGGGGACCUCGAUCAGACACAAUCAUCCCAUCGGUUACCCCCGUAGUGCCGAACACAAUGGUUAAUAGUGCCUUCUAGCGGCGGUCUUUUGACAGGCAGUAGGAAGGCCCUGCAUAUGGAGCAACAACGACAGGCCUUAGAAACCGGUCUCACAAACGCCCGGUAUAUUGGUAUUCCCCUGUUCAGGAGUAAGGUCAUGGGAAAUCCCCCACGAGAGGUGGACCAUGGUCGUUGUGGAACUGCAGGGUAGUAACAUUACCCCUAGGCAUUUCCAUAGGCGCCUUACACUGUCGCAACACCGAGCAUGAGGAAACAUAACCCCUCACAACCCCUCGCGCAACGUGGCCACCAGUACUUGGCCACUGAGAGAGUGCCGUACCGGGCCGGUACCAGUGUGGCCCAGAGGAGGUUGGAACGUGUGAGCCCAAUUGAUCAUCGAUCCGAAUCCUCGAGCGAACGUACUUCCACGACCCCCUCCUGGCAUUGCGGUUGAUCGAGGGUCGGUGCUACCGCCCGCAAAAUCGAGUUCACGCAUCGACCUCCCCACUCACCGGUGCACACCAGACACACUCCGGCUAUGUGAGUGGGCUCCACGUACACAUCUCCGCUCUCCUCCGUGUCAUAAUCCUCCGAGACAGUGCGUCUGCCUUACCGUUCUGUGACCAGGAUGUACGGAUCUGAAAUUGACCGGGUCAAAAACAUAUUCCCCUCGCCUGGCGAGGGUUUCAGCCUCCUCGCUGCCGCGGAUGUACUCCCAGUUACGGUGGUCCGUCCAAAGAGGAAAGGGUGUUCGAUGCCCCCCCUCAAUCCCGUGCCUCCCCACAUUUAGUGGCCUGUAACUACGGCUAACACUCCCUGUCCCCACAGUCCUAGUUUCUCUCCGCCGGACCUGAGCUUCUUGGAAAGAAGGCACAGGGGCGGAGUUUUUAGUUGGCUCGCCGGACCGUUUGCGACAGCAGCGGGCUCCUAAUACGGCCUCUGACCGUCCACCUCUACCUGACAUGGCAAAGAGGGAUCCGGAUGCGCCAGCACCAGAGCGCGGUACACGGUCCUUCACCUCCCAACUCCCUUUCAGCCUCGGCUGAACAUGCAGACGCAACCGGACCCCCCUUACAAAGAGACAUUAUGGAUCUCCACCUGCCCAAAACCCCGUAUAACCUCCGUUAUAAAUUCGCAACCCCCAAAACUGGGCUGCAACCUCCUUACAGUGGUUGGCGUUUGCCACUUCGGCACUGCCCCGAAAAACCCUGUCUACCUCCAUCUCGUCACCCUUGCAACACUGAUAACCCAAAAAUGAUACCGAACUCCUGGAAGAACAGACACUUCUCUGCCUUGACAUACGGUCGUGGCUUCCAACAUCCCUCCGCAAACACUUGGGCGCACCAGCCCAUGCUCGACUCGGGUAUGCGAUUACACGAAAUUUCCAUCGAUGUACCGACCACCUCCCUGUCCCCUGCCUGUCCCUGAAAAGAAUCGCAUCCACGACGAUUGGAAAACUGAAGAGCGUUCAUAAACCCUAUGCAUGACGAGUACUCGUUAAUUGCCCGAGGUGGUACUUAAAAAACGUGGGAGGAAGGGGCUGUCUUUCCAUUCAUCAGCCCUCCACUAAUGCGCUAAAAAAAACAAAAAAUAAACGAAGAAAAAACGCGCCCGUGCAUGGACUUCCGUCAUGGUCGCAAAUCGGCGGAGUGGUACUGUUAACUAUCACACCGUGAUACAUGAUUGAGACCACACGUAAUCAUGCACGGGCGUAAUCCUCCAUCCUCCUUUUCUUCACACAAAAAACUCGAGGACGCAGGGGCAGUGGGCGGGCCGUAUGUUAUCCUUGUCUCAGAGAUUCGUACCGUGUACGUCUCCCAGACAAGGAAAGAGGCAGCCUCUCGUCCGAAACCCGUGACAGCCCCUCAAACACCCUACAUGGGGAGAACAAGAUAUUUGAUACACUGCCGAUUUUGCAGGUUUCCUACUUACAGACAAAGCAUGUAGAGGUCUGUAAUUUUUAUCAUACCUUACACUUCAACUGGAGAGACGAAGAUAAAACAAAUAUCCAGAAAUCCACAUUGAAUGAUUUUUAAGUAAUAUUAAUUUGCAUUUUAUUGCAUGACUAAGUCAUUUGAUACAUCGAAAAGCAGAACUUAUAUUGGGUACAGAAACCUUUGUUUGCAAUUACAGAGAUCAUAACCAGUUCCUGUAGGUCUUGACCAGUUUGCACACACUGCAAAGCAGGUGGUUUGGACCCACUCCUCCAUACCGACCUUCUCCAGAUCCUUUUCAGGUUUCGGCUGUCCCGCUGGCAAUCGGACUUUCACAUCCAAUCACUCCCUCCAAAUAUUUUUCUAUUGGAGUCAGUCUGGAGACUGGCUAGGCCCUCCUGGACCUUGAGAUUCUUCUUUACGGAGCCAACACUCCUUAGUUGCCACUGGCUGUGUGUUUCGGGUCGUGUCUGCUGGAAAGACUCCAGCCACACCCAUCUUCAAUUCUCUUACUGAGGAAGGAGGUUGUUGGCCAAGAACUUUCAUACAUGGCCCACAUCCAUCUCCCCCUCAAUAUGGUUCAUAUCGUACCUGUUCCCCUUGGCAGAAAAGCCUACCCAAAAGAAUUAUGUUUCCACCAUCCAUGCUUACGGUUGGGAUGGGGUUCGUGGGGUUGACUCAUCCUUCUUCUUCCUCCAAACACGACGGGGAGUUUAGACAAAAAGCUCUAUUUUGUCUCAUCAGACCACACUGACCUUCUCCAUUCCUCCCUCUGGAAUCAUCCAGAUGGUCAUUGGCAAACUUCAGACGAGCCUGACAUGCGCUGGGCUUGAGCAGGGUGGACCUUGCGUGUGCUGGCAGGAAUUUUAAUCCAUGACGGCGUAGUGUGUAACUAAUGGUUUUCUUUGAGACUGUGGUCCCAGCUCUCUUCAGGUCAUUGACCAGGUCCUGCCGUGUAGUUCUGGGCUGAUCCCUCACCUUCCUCAUGAUCAUUGAUGCCCAACGAGUUGAGAUCUGAUGGAGCCCCAGACCGAGGGUGAUUGACUGUCAUCUUGAACUUCUUCCAUUUUCUAAUAAUUGCGCCAACAGUUGUUGCCUUCUCACCACAGCUGCUUGCCUAAUAUCCUGUAGUCCCAUCCCAGCCUUGUGCAGGUCUACAAUUUUAUCCCUGAUGUCCUUACACAGCUCUCUGGUCUUGGCCAUUGUGGAGAGGUUGGAGUCUGUUUGAUUGAGUGUGUGGACAGGUGUCUUUUAUACAGGUAACGAGUUCAAACAGGUGCAGUUAAUACAGGUAAUGAGUGGAGAACAGGAGGGCUUCUUAAAGAAAAACUAACAGGUCUGUGAGAGCCGGAAUUCUUACUGCUUGGUAGGUGAUCAAAUACUUAUGUCAUGCAAUAAAAUGCAAAUUAAUUACUUAAAAAUCAUACAAUGUGAUUUUCUGGAUAUUUUGUUGUAGAUUCCGUCUCUCACAGUUGAAGUGUACCUAUGAUAAAAAUUACAGACCUCUACAUGCUUUGUAAGUAGGAAAACCUGCAAUAUCGGCAGUGUAUCAAACACUUGUUCUCCCCAUUCCUCUAUAUUCCUACACAAUGCUUGGUUUUAAAUCUAACACUGUGAGCUGUAGGAAACAUAUUUACCCAAAUCUCCUGUUGAAAAAGUAGCCUUCAUAUUUCUUCAUUUCAUCCUAAAAACAUGAAACUAGAGAAAGUAAUUGAUUCCUCUAAAUGUUUAACUUGUUUUUCUGUCUGUCUUUUUCUCUCUGUCUGUCUAUGCGUCCAUCCGUCUCUAUAUCCUCUCUCUGUCUGUCUGUCUGUCCAUCCGUCCAUCCGUCUCUAUAUCAUCUCUCUGUCUGUCUGUCCUCUCUGCAUCCGCUUCCUAUCAGGGUUUUCUGGACAUUGACCUAACAGACCUGAGGAAAGGCGGGGCCAACAUCACAGGCUUCCAGCUGGUCAACUACACAGAGCAGAACGUCAGCCGUACCAUUCAGCAGUGGAUGGAGUUCGAAAACAAAGACGCCAAGGUCCCCAAGAGACGCCUGAAGGUACUGCAUUGCACUGCACAGACAUACACACAAGUCUCUCUAGACAGACGGGUUGCAAUGUUCCAAUGCUCCAGCUUAACAUGUCAGUACAAGUUCCGGCAUCAGUUGGGACAGAGUACGAGUCGGAAAUCGGACACGCUUCUCCGGUCAUCUCGCUGCAUAUCAUCUCGCUCCAUCACAUCGCUGCAUAUCCAAUUUCCUCCAGCAUUUUAAGUCCUGCUUCCCAAACUCGUGAUUUGUUGAGUGAGUUGUAUGUCUGAAGAGGACCCUCCCUUGAAAUGUCCAUGAGAAUCCGACAUCCUCCCCAGACCUUGUGGCGUUGCCUAUCUUACGUUGCUCCCAGGUCUGGAAGCACACACACACACACACACACACCGAAAGGCACACUUAAGGCAAUCUCUGCUCUGAACUCUGUAUAAUGUUCUCUCCUCUGAUCUCUCUAUAAUGAUCUCUGCUCUGAUCUCUCUAUAAUGAUCUCUGCCUACUUGUUUCACAUCUGGCAGCUAGUAUUCCGGAGACGCGAACGCCAAACCUGCCCGCAAAAAAGGGGGGGGCCCCUCGCCGAAACCGUGACACCCUCCCACAGUGGGGAGAACAAGUUUUGAUACACUCCCCGUUUUUGGGCAGGUUUUCCUAUUUAAAAAGCAUGUAGAGGUCUGUAAUUUUUAUCAUACGUACACUUCACCUGUGAGAGACGGAAUCUAAAAAAAAUAUCCAGAAAAUCACAUUGUAUGUUUUUUUAAGUAAUUAAUUUGCAUUUAUUGCAUAAACAUAAGAAAUUUGAUACAUCAAAAAAGGGCAGAAUUUAAUAUUUGGUACAGAAACCUUUUUUUUGAAAUUACAGAGAUCAAAACGUUUUCCUGUAGGUCUUGACCAGGUUUGCACACACUGCAGGCAGGAUUUUGGCCCACUCCUCCAUACAGACCUUCUCCAAUCCUUCAGGUUUCGGGGGCUGUCGCUGGGCAAUACGGACUUUCCCACCCUCCCUCCAAAUUUUUUUCUAUUGGUUUCAGGUCUGGAGACUGGCUAGGCCACUCCGGGACCUUGAGAUGUUUUCUUAGGGAGCCACUCCCCUUAGUUUGCCCUGGCUGUGUGUUUCGGGUCGUUUUUCAUGUUUGGAAGAAACCCGCCACGACCCAUCUUCAAUGCUCUUACUGAGGAAGGAGGUUGUUGGCCAAGAUCUUGCGAUACAUGGCCCCAUCCAUCCUCCCCUAAAUAUGGUGCAGUCUUUCCUGUCCCCUUUGCAAAAAAGCAUCCCCAAAGAAUUAUGUUUCCCACCUCCAUGCUUCACGGUUGGGAUGGUGUUCUUGGGGGUUUGUACUCAUCCUUCCCUUCUUUUCCUCCAAACACGACGAUGGAGUUUAGCCCAAAAGCUCUAUUUUUGUCUCAUAAAGACCCUGCCCUUUCCCUCCCAUCCCCUCUGGAUCAUCCAGAUGGUCAUUGGAAAAUUUCAGACGGCCUGGACAUGCGCUGGCUUGAGCAGGGGGACCUUGCGUGUCUGCAGGAUUUUAAUCCAUGACGGCGUAGUGUGUAACUAAUUUUUUUUCUUUGAGACUGUGGUCCCCAGCUCUCUUCAGGUCAUUGACCAGGUCCUGCCGUGUAGUUCUGGGCUAUCCCUCACCUUCCUCAUGAUCUUGAUGCCCAACGAUUUGAGAUCUUGCAUGGAGCCCCAGACCGGGGUGUUGACUGUCAUCUUGAACUUUUUCCAUUUCUAAUAUUGCGCCAACAUUGUUGCCUUCUCACCAAGUUUGCUUCCUAAUAUCCUUAGCCCAUCCCAGCCUUGUGCAGGUUCUAAAAUUUUAUCCCUGAUGUCCUUACCCAGCUCUCUGGUCUUGGCCAUUGUGGAGAGGUUGGAGUCUGUUUAUUGAGUGUGUGGACAGUGUCUUUUUAUUUCAGGUAACGAGUUCAAACAGGUGCAGUUUAAACAGGUAAAGAGUGGAGAACAGGAGGCUUCUUAAAGAAAAACCCAACAGGUCUGUGAGAGCCGGAAUUCUUACUUUCUUGGUAGGUGAUCAAAAACUUAUGUCAUGCAAUAAAAUGCAAAUUAAUUACUUAAAAAUCAUACAAUGUGAUUUUCUGGAUAUUUUGUUUUUUAGAUUCCGUCCUCUCACAGUUGAAGUGUACCUAUGAUAAAAAAUUUCAGACCUCUACAUGUUUGUAAGUAGGAAACCCGCAAUAUCGGCCCGUGUUAACAAACACUUUUUCUCCCCAUUCCUCAUAUUCCUACACAAUGCUUGGUUUAAAUCUAACACUGUGAGCUGUAGGAAACAUAUUUACCCAAAACUCCGUUGAAAAAGUAGCCUUCAUAUUUUCUUCAUUUCAUCCUAAAAACAUGAAACUAGAGAAGUAAAUUUAUUCCUCUAAAUGUUUAACUUGUUUUUCUGUCUGUCUUUUUCUCUCUGUCUGUCUAUGCGUCCAUCCGUCUCUAUAUCCUCUCUCUGUCUGUCUGUCUGUCCAUCCGUCCAUCCGUCUCUAUAUCAUCUCCUGUCUGUCUGUCCUUCGUCCCGUUUUUUCGGGUUUUCUGGAUUCCUCGCCCAAAAGGGGGGGCCCAAAUAAACCUCCACUUUAAUCCGGCAAACGUACCGUUUGAUUUAGUUAAAAAACCCGCCCCAAAAGGGGUCCAUGGGAUCCGACAUCCCCCCCGACCUUUUGGCGUUGCCCAUUUAAACUUGCUUCCCAGUUGGAGGACACAAACACCCCCCGGCCAAUUGGAAAUUCUCUGCCCCAACUCCUGUAUAAUUUCCUCCCUUUUUAAACCCUCUUAAUGAAGGGGGAUUUUUCUAAAAACCCCCCCCUUAAAUGUCCCCUCCCCCCCGCCCCUUUGGCUUUCCAUCCCUCCCUUGAAGAAACACAAACAAAACCCCCCCGGCCACUUGGUUUUUAAUUGUUAAUUUCCCCCUCCUCUUUUUUAAGAUUCGGAAAAGUUUGUUUAGGGUUUACCCCCUUAAGAAUAAGAAAAUUUUUGGUGAAAAAGGUAAAAAGGAGUCCUUCUCGCCCUCCUCUUUUCUCUCUUUUCCCUCUCUUUCGCUCCCCCCCUCCACCCCCCUUCUCUCCCCCCUCUUCUGUAGUACACCCCCCUUGACUAUACGGGGUUAAGGUGAUGUCUACAGCGUUCCAGAACCUUCGGAAACAGAGGAUAGACAUCUCUCGCCGUGGCAACGCAGGCGAAUGCCUCGCCAACCCGCCCGCACCCUGGGGCCAAGGCAUAGAUAUACAGAGAGCCCUGCAACAGGUACACACACACACACACACACCAAAAUGUCUGGACCCGAGGGCCAUGGCAAAGACAUUCAGAGAAUCUUAUAACAGGUACAUACACCACAAACUACUCUGCUGGUAGAAAUGAGAGAUACACCCACACACUCUUACAUAGACACACACAAGCACAACAUACACAGACAAGCUCCUGAGUGGCACGUUGGCUAACCCAUCCUGAGUCAGGCCCUGCUGAACAAAUUAGAUCUCUAUUCUGUCACCUAACAUUCCCAUUUAGUCACCUAUGAGCUUCCUGGAUGGAAUGUGACAUCACAUUAGGUAAACAAAACCUGCAGGCAAUAAAACCUGGCUGUGAUCAUCAUAGAAUAUGACAUCAACAAUGGAGUUUAGUAAUGCAAUGUUCCGAGAUGGGAAUGAAAUAAAGCACUUGGUUUAGUAUUACCGAAGGGUGAGCGAGCAGCCAGGUCACUCAAGAUUCACUUCGAAAUUAGAUGUCAAUCCAUGUCCUGAGGAAGUCAGGAGAUGCCUUCAAAACCCGCCACUAGGGGCAGCGAUGAGUGCUUUUACCAUCAAGUAGGCUUGGGUUUUGCUAGGGUGGUGAUGAUGGAUGGACGUAGACACUCAUUUCUGUGUGUUUUUGUUUAAUACUAUCCCAAACUUUAACCCUUAACUUAACCAUUCAGAAUUAGUACAGGAGGAGCCGCAUAAAGGAGCAGUCGUAGCAGUAGGAGCAACCCAGGGUGUCAAAAACACCUCGAAAUUUGAGGUUUGGAGAAACUUGGAUAAACAUCAGGGCCCGGUUGCAGAAAACAUCUUAAAUGUUUCCCUUUACCUAAGGGAAUUGUUUAAAGGUGUUACACAUUUCCUUAGGUUAUAAUUUUACUGUAGUUUGAAGGCAUGUACGGCAGAAAGCGUCUCUGGUUACUGUUGAGACGACCUGAUUCACUGAAUCAACGUCUCACCAAAGAGAUCACAUUUAUUCAAGACAGAAGAAACUAAUUGAUAUAGAAGAUAAUAAAACGGUUAUUUUUGUUACAUUUUUCUCAACUUGUUUCUAUUACUACCUAGCACUCAAGCUAACUUACAGAGUAGGUAGCUAGCUAGCCAGCUAGCUUUGUAGCCAUGGAUUGUGCACCUUCCAUUGUUUAGCUAAGUAGCUAGCUAGCUGGUUGAUGUUUUCCCUUUGAAACCAGGGCAGAGGAAAACAUUCACCUCCACAAGUGCUGUUUACAUUGAUAUCCAUACUGAAUGAAGCACUUAAGGGACCUCAUGGGCACCCUUCACUUUUUCACUUCAUUUAAGGGGAACAUUUGCCUUAAAAUGUUUUGUGCAACUGACUUUAAGUUAAGGAAACUUCAAAGGAAACUUUAAGGGAAAAGAUAAGGGGGAAAUUAAGUUAAGAUUUAUUAUGCAACCAGGCCCAGAAUCUGAAGUAAAAUUGUUUAAACCGAUAUGAGAGAGAGAGAGAGAAGGGGGGGGGACGACAGGGAAAGGAAAGAAGGGGGGAAAGAGGGGAGAGUGAAGAGAAGGGGGGGGGACAAAAAAGAGAGAGAGAAGAGGGGAGACAGAGGAAAAGAGAGAGAGAGAAAAGGGGGGGGGGAGAGAGAAGGGGGGGAGAAAGUAAAUUCCUCUCCGGCCCUUUUGUCUUUUUCCCCUUUUCCCUUCCCUUGGGGAGAGAAGGAGGGAGACAGGGCCCAAUAGGUUUUCAGACACAAACUGAAUAAAUCAAUGUUGCUGUGCGAUUAUUAGUAAUUGCCCUAGACGUGCCUGCAGAGGAACAUGGCAUGAAUUGGAUUGAUUAUCAAUAUCUGCUAGCAGAUGGGGAGCUGUUUUCUGGUACUGACAACAUUACUAAUUGGAUCAAAUCAAAUCAAAUGUUAUUUGUCACAUGCGCCGAAUACAACAGGUGUAGACCUUACAGUGAAAUGCUUACUUACAAGCCCUUAACCAACAAUGCAGUUUUAAGAAUGAAUGCCCCAAAAAAUCACAAAAAAACAUAAUAAUACGAAAUAAAAGUAACAAAUAAUUAAAGAGCAGCAGCAAAAAUAACAAUAGCGAGGCUAUAUACAGGGGGUACCGGUACCGAGUCAAUGUGCGGGGGCUCCGGUUAGUCAAGGUCAUUGAGGUAAUAUGUACUCAUGUAGUCAUUAAGAUGUUAUUGUAUUGAUAUUUUAGUUGGGCCCUUGACUUAAGCUUUUAAACAGACAGAUGCUCUCAGUCUCACACUGGUCUCUCUGGUGUGGCUCUGUGGAACUGUGGUCUAAUUGAUGCACACACACACACACACAUACUCACACACUCACACACAGUGCCUCCACGGCUGUGUCUAGCUGUGGUCUGGUAUGAGUGAAUGCAGCCAUCUGCCUGUGGAUAGAGAGGAGAUUGAUGCCCCGCUCGCUCAAUUAAACUCAUCAUGCUGCCAACACUAACAUGCUGCACUGAACACACGCUACACACACACACACUACACACUUAAACACACACACACACUCACACGCAUACACUGAGUGUACAAAACAUUAGGAAAACCUUCCUAAUAUUGUGUUGCACCCCCUAGAAACCCAGUAGCGUUGCAGUUCUUGACACACUCAAACCGGUGCGCCUGGCACCUACUACCAUACCCUGUUCAAAGGCACUUAAAUAUUUAGUCUUGUCCAUUCACCCUCUGAAUGGCACACAUACACAAUCCAUGUCUCAGUUGUGUCAAGGCUUAAAACUCCUUCAUUAACCUGUCUCCUCUCCUUCAUCUACACUGGUUGAAGUGGGUUUAACAGGUGACAUCAAUAAGGGAUCAUAGCUUUCACCUGGAUUUACCUGGUCAGUCUAUGUCAUAGAAAGAGCAGGUGUUCCUAAUGUUUUGAACACACACACACACACACACACACACAACACACACACAUAAUAAUGUACACGCUACACACACAUGUUCCGUUGAACAUCCAGACAAGGCUCUUGGAGAAACAGAACUCCAGCUGAUGUUCUCUGUCAAUGAGGCUAAUACAAUAAGACUUUCUUAUGAGUCCUACACCUAAAAACCUACAUCGUAACUGCUUCCUGUGUCUCUGUGUUAUUGGUGCUGUCCUUCCUGUCCCUCCCCGUGUGUCAGGUGCGUAUCGAUGGCCUGACGGGUCAUAUCCAGUUCAAUGAGAAAGGACGCAGGACCAACUUCACCGUCAGUGUCAUGGAGCUUGCCCCCUCUGGACCUAAGAAGGUGAGUCAUGAGGUCUGUAGGAUCUUAUGGGAUCUUAUGGGAUCUAGUGGGAUCUUAUAGGAUAUUUUUGAUGUCAUGUGUGGGGAUUCAUGUCCAUUAGUGUUUCAUUGCAGUCUCAUAUCAUAUCUGUACAGUACAGUAUCAGAUCAAAUCAAGGUUUCCUUCAUAGCCUGUCAGUUUCUUCACUUGUCUGUUUAUCUUGUGUGUGUAUCAGGUGGGCUACUGGACCGAGGACGAGAAGUACGUGAGCACAGCUACCUUCAUGAGAGGCAGCAACGACAGCAGCUACGGCCUACAGAACAGGACCUACAUAGUUACCACCAUCCUGGUCAGUGUGUGUGUGUGUGUUUAUGUGUGUGUGUGUGUGUGUCGGGGUUUCCGUUAGGAAAAUGUGGCACUGGACAUCCACAUUUGACUGGCAGCAUUUUAAUUUACCGGACAUUUGAGAAAUUUACCGGACCCAUAUGCAUUGGGUGCGUAACCUGAUUAGGGCGUCCACCCACGGUGCUCAGAAUAACAGAAAUCACAUUUAGAUUAUGGUCAUUCAUGUUUAAAAAAUAUGCAAGUCGAGGAUGCAACGACGUGCGGUCCUUCUUACCAAAUUCUGAUGCGCACUUUGAAGAUGUUAGAAUAACUGUACACAUUUACUUUUCCUCAGCCAACAAGUCGAGUAAUGAACAGCAAAAUCACUAGCCUAUGCCAAUCUACUAUAUCCCAUAGUAGAAAAGUUGACCUAUUCUAUUGGUCAGUUUGUCGAGAAAGAAAUAGCCUGUUCCAAACAGACUCUGGGACAGUUGUGAGACGAUAGAUCCCAAAUUCAUACAACCAGUAGGCCUAGGCUACAUAAACAAAAUAAACGUUAAAAAGCAAUGAGUCUGAUGCAACAGAUCAGAAUGUUUAGCUUAAAAUUUUGAUAAAGUAUUAUUUAUUCACAUUAUAGGCGCAGCAAUGCAAACAAGACAGUAGGCUACGCGCGAAUGUUCGUUCCGUAAUGCAAUUUGCUGGAAAACACCAUUGUCAAAAGCGAGCGGUUUCAUAUGAAAGAGAUGAAAAUAUCCAUUAGAAAUGAAGAAAGAGGGGAGAUCUAAUAUGACUCGGAUUGUGCCUUUGGCUACUGGACAAUGAAAUAAAGUUGAUAUAAAAUAAUUGCCUCCUCGGAAAUGGUCUGAUUUUGGCUAGGCUACUUUGAAGCAAGGUAAGACAUGCCUCAUAAUAUGUAGUAAAACAGGUUUCCAACAAUUACGUAUAUGUUUUCAAAAUGCAUACUACCUCCAGCUCAUUGCAGUGGUGUGUGACGCGCUGAUGAAGCCUGCCUUUAAAAAAAUUAAAAUAUUCCAAAAGCCGACUAAUACCGGCUAACGGAACCCUGGUGUGUGUGUGUGUGUGUGUGUGUGUGUGUGUGUGUGAAAGAGUUCAUCUUAGCCCUGACAAGACAGAAAUUCCCACUGACACAGACACAUUUCCGUCCCUUCUUUCCUUCUCUCCUGGCCACUCUGUUAGCCUAUAGCCUGUUUCUUAUUUCAGUCACAUCGCGGACUCACAGAGACUUUACUCAGUAGUGAUGUAAUGUGAGGAUGUGUUCUCCUCCCUGCUGCUUCCUUCGCUUCCCCAGGCCCUUUGAUGUCUCCUGCCCACAGACAGGAGCUCUAGCUUGGGGUAGUGGGAGGUGGGGGGUAUGGAGGAUAGGCUCCAGGACCUCUAGCUUGGGGUAGUGGGAGGUGGGGGGUAUGGAGGAUAGGCUCCAGGAGCUCUAGCUUGGGGUAGUGGGAGGUGGGGGGUAUGGAGGAUAGGCUCCAGGACCUCUAGCUUGGGGUAGUGGGAGGUGGGGGGGUAUGGAGGAUAGGCUCCAGGAGCUCUAGCUUGGGGUAGUGGGAGGUGGGGGGUAUGGAGGAUAGGCUCCAGGACCUCUAGCUUGGGGUAGUGGGAGGUGGGGGGUAUGGAGGAUAGGCUCCAGGAGCUCUAGCUUGGGGGUAGUGGGAGGUGGGGGGUAUGGAGGAUAGGCUCCAGGACCUCUAGCUUGGGGUAGUGGGAGGUGGGGGGUAUGGAGGAUAGGCUCCAGGACCUCUAGCUUGGGGUAGUGGGAGGUGGGGGGUAUGGAGGAUAGGCUCCAGGACCUCUAGCUUGGGGUAGUGGGAGGUGGGGGGUAUGGAGGAUAGGCUCCAGGACCUCUAGCUUGGGGUAGUGGGAGGUGGGGGGUAUGGAGGAUAGGCUCCAGGACCUCUAGCUUGGGGGUAGUGGGAGGUGGGGGGUAUGGAGGAUAGGCUCCAGGACCUCUAGCUUGGGGUAGUGGGAGGUGGGGGGUAUGGAGGAUAGGCUCCAGGACCUCUAGCUUGGGGUAGUGGGAGGUGGGGGGUAUGGAGGAAGGAGGAAAGGAUGACUGUCCUUAAUCUAUCAGGAAGGCUUGGUGCCUUUACAGGCAGACAUAGUAUCGUUUUAAGGCCAGGCUAUGGACCUGAAUCUAAGUUUUGGGUUUUCUUUCUGUGGAAUCGCCUUUAAAAAUAUAUAUAUACAGUGGGGGGAAAAAGUAUUUAGUCAGCCACCAAUUGUGCAAGUUCUCCCACUUAAAAAGAUGAGAGAGCCCUGUAAUUUUCAUCAUAGGUACACGUCAACUAUGACAGACAAAAUGAGAAAAAAAAAAUCCAGAAAAUCACAUUGUAGGAUUUUUUAUGAAUUUAUUUGCAGAUUAUGGUGGAAAAUAAGUAUUUGGUCAAUAACAAAAGUUUCUCAAUACUUUGUUAUAUACCCUUUGUUGGCAUUAAAAAAGGGUCAAACGUUUUCUGUAAGUCUUCACAAGGUUUUCACACACUGUUGCUGGUAUUUUGGCCCAUUCCUCCAUGCAGAUCUCCUCUAGAGCAGUGAUGUUUUGGGGCUGUCACUGGGCAACACGGACUUUCAACUCCCUCCAAAGAUUUUCUAUGGGGUUGAGAUCUGGAGACUGGCGAGGCCACUCCAGGACCUUGAAAUGCUUCUUACGAAGCCACUCCUUCGUUGCCCGGGCGGUGUGUUUGGGAUCAUUGUCAUGCUGAAAGACCCAGCCACGUUUCAUCUUCAAUGCCCUUGCUGAUGGAAGGAGGUUUUCACUCAAAAUCUCACGAUACAUGGCCCCAUUCAUUCUUUCCUUUACACGGAUCAGUUGUCCUAGUCCCUUUGCAGAAAAACAGCCCCAAAGCAUGAUGUUUCCACCCCCAUGCUUCACAGUAGGUAUGGUGUUCUUUGGAUGCAACUCAGCAUUCUUUGUCCUCCAAACACGACGAGUUGAGUUUUUACCAAAAAGUUAUAUUUUGGUUUCAUCUGACCAUAUGACAUUCUCCCAAUCCUCUUCUGGAUCAUCCAAAUGCACUCUAGCAAACUUCAGACGGGCCUGGACAUGUACUGGCUUAAGCAGGGGGACACGUCUGGCACUGCAGGAUUUGAGUCCCUGGCGGCGUAGUGUGUUACUGAUGGUAGGCUUUGUUACUUUGGUCCCAGCUCUCUGCAGGUCAUUCACUAGGUCCCCCCGUGUGGUUCUGGGAUUUUUGCUCACCGUUCUUGUGAUCAUUUUGACCCCACGGGGUGAGAUCUUGCGUGGAGCCCCAGAUCGAGGGAGAUUAUCAGUGGUCUUGGAUGUCUUCCAUUUCCUAAUAAUUGCUCCCUCAGUUGAUUUCUUCAAACCAAGCUGCUUACCUAUUGCAGAUUCAGUCUUCCCAGCCUGGUGCAGGUCUACAAUUUUGUUUCUGGUGUCCUUUGACAGCUCUUUGGUCUUGGCCAUAGUGGAGUUUGGAGUGUGACUGUUUGAGGUUGUGGACAGGUGUCUUUUAUACUGAUAACAAGUUCAAACAGGUGCCAUUAAUACAGAUAACGAGUGGAGAACAGAGGAGCCUCUUAAAGAAGAAGUUACAGGUCUGUGAGAGCCAUAAAUCUUGCUUGUUUGUAGGUGACCAAAUACUUAUUUUCAACCAUAAUUUGCAAAUAAAUUCAUUAAAAAUCCUACAAUGUGAUUUUCUGGAAAAAAAAAUCUCAAUUUGUCUGUCAUAGUUGACGUGUACCUAUGAUGAAAAUUACAGGCCUCUCUCAUCUUUUUAAGUGGGAGAACUUGCACAAUUGGUGGCUGACUAAAUACUUUUUUCCCCCACUGUAUAUAUAUAAUGUUUACUAUGGGCACAACCACGUUUUCUUUCAAAGAGGAAUUAUUACACUGUAGACUGGAUACAUGCCGUUCAAGAACCCUCAUCAACGAUCAGACAUUAGAUAUACAGUGAGGGAAAAAAGUAUUUGAUCACCUGCUGAUUUUGUACGUUGGCCCACUGACAAAGAAAUGAUCAGUCUAUCAUUUUAAUGGUAGGUUAAUUUGAACAGUAAGAGACAGAAUAACCACAAAGGAAUCCAGAAAAACCCAUUUCAAAAAUGUUAUAAAUUGAUUUGCAUUUUAAUGAGGGAAAUAAGUAUUUGACCCCCUCUCAAUCAGAAAGAUUUCUGGCUCCCAGGUGUCUUUUAUACAGGUAACGAGCUGAGAUUAGGAGCACACUCUUAAAGGGAGUGCUCCUAAUCUCAGUUUGUUAUCUGUAUAAAAGACACCUGUCCACAGAAGCAAUCAAUCAAUCAGAUUCCAAACUCUCCACCAUGGCCAAGACCAAAGAGCUCUCCAAGGAUGUCAGGGACAAGAUUGUAGACCUACACAAGGCUGGAAUGGGCUACAAGACCAUCGCCAAGCAGCUUGGUGAGCAGGUGACAACAGUUGGUGCGAUUAUUCGCAAAUGGAAGAAACACAAAAUAACUGUCAAUCUCCCUCGGCCUGGGGCUCCAUGCAAGAUCUCACCUCGUGGAGUUGCAAUGAUCAUGAGAAUGGUGAGGAAUCAGCCCAAAACUACACGGGAGGAUCUUGUCAAUCAUCUCAAGGCAGCUGGGACCAUAGUCACCAAGAAAACAAUUGGUAACACACUACGCCGUGAAGGACUGAAAUCCUGCAGCGCCCGCAAGAUCCCCCUGCUCAAGAAAGCACAUAUACAGGGCCGUCUGAAGUUUGCCAAUGAACAUCUGAAUUAUUCAGAGGAGAACUGGGUGAAAGUGCUGUGGUCAGAUGAGACCAAAAUUGAGCUCUUUGGCAUCAACUCAACUCGCCGUGUUUGGAGGAGGAGGAAUGUUGCCUAUGACCCCAAGAACACCAUCCCCACUGUAAAACAUGGAGGUGGAAACAUUAUGCUUUGGGGGUGUUUUUAUGCUAAGGGGACAGGACAACUUCACCGCAUCAAAGGAACGGUCCCGUCAAAUCUUGGGUGAGAACCUCCUUCCCUCAGCCAGGGCAUUGAAAAUGGGUCGUGGAUGGGUAUUCCAGCAUGACAAUGACCCAAAACACACGGCCAAGGCAACAAAGGAGUGGCUCAAGAAGAAGCACAUUAAGGUCCUGGAGUGGCCUAGCCAGUCUCCAGACCUAAAUCCCAUAGAAAAUCUGUGGAGGAAGCUGAAGGUUGGAGUUGCCAAACAUCAGCCUCGAAACCUUAAUGACUUGAAGAAGAUCUGCAAAGAGGAGUGGGACAAAAUCCCUCCUGAGAUGUGUGCAAACCUGGUGGCCAACUACAAGAAACGUCUGACCUCUGUGAUUGCCAACAAGGGUUUUGCCACCAAGUACUAAGUCAUGUUUUGCAGAGGGGUCAAAUACUUAUUUCCCUCAUUAAAAUGCAAAUCAAUUUAUAAAAUUUUUGACAUGCGCUUUUCUGGAUUUUUUUGUUGUUAUUCUGUCUCUCACUGUUCAAAUAAACCUACCAUUAAAAUUAUAGACUGAUUAUUUGUCACGAUCGUCGGGUACAGAGGACCAAGGCGCAGCGUGAAAGGUGAACAUAUUUAUUAAAUAAUGAUAACACGAACAAAAACAACAAACGAUAACGUGACGUCCUCGGUCUAACACAAACCACACUGGAACAAGAUCCCACAAACACUGUGGGAAAACUGGCUGCUUAAGUAUGGUUCCCAAUCAGAGACAACAAGCAACAGCUGAUACACGUUGCCUCUGAUUGAGAACCACACUGGCCAACAUAGAAAUACAAAACUAGAACAAAAACAAAUGAAAACUCACACCCUGGCUCAACAUACCCAGAGCCAGGGCGUGACAGUACUCCCCCCCAAAGGCGCAGACUCCGGCCGCGCCAACCAAACACCACAGGUGAGGGACCGGGUGGGCACUCCGCCUUGGCGGCGGAUCCGGCUCCGAACAUGAUUCCCACUCCCUCUCCAACCCCCCAAAGUACCCCUGGUCCGGUCUGACCCUGCUGGCCGGAGCUGGACUCAACACCGGUGGAGCGGAUUGCUCUAGCUCCGGCGUGGAGCAGCCGACCGGUGCCGGACCAGGCACCGGUGGAACAGGCACGGGCUGUGCCGGACUGACGACGCACACCACUGGCUUGGUGUGGGGAGCAGGAACGGGCCGAACCGGGCUGACGAUGCGCACCAUAGGCUUGGUGCGUGGAGCAGGAACAGGCCGGGCCGGGCUGACGAUGCGCACCAUAGGCUUGGUGCGUGGAGCAGGAACAGGCCGGGCCAGGCUGACGACGCACACCACUGGCUUGGUGUGGGGAGCAGGAACAGGCCAAACCGGGCUGACGAUGCGCACCAUAGGCUUGGUGCGUGGAGCAGGAACAGGCCUUGCCGGGCUGACGACGCGCACCACAGGCUCGAUGCGAGGAACAGGAACAGGCCGGACCGUACUGGGGACACACACCACUGGCCCUACGCCGGGAUCAGGAACGGGCCGGACCGGACUGGUAACACACCCCAGUACCUCUCGCCGUGCCUCUACACCUUCCCUCUCCUCUGUGACCAAUGGCCCCCUUAACCUGGCGGCCUCCUCUGCAAACCCGCUGGACCGCUCUAUCGCGGCCUCCUGCUGCCCCGUCGUCCACGUCGUGAGCCCCCCCCUAAAAAUGUUCUGGGGGUCUCUCCUCCCCGUGGGCCAGGUCCAGCCGAGGUUGAUGUCCUUUAGCGAUACCUCUAGCGCUGGCUCCUGGACACGCUGCUUGGUCCAGUGUUGGUGGGAUCUUCUGUCAAGAUCGUCGGGUACAGAGGACCAAGGCGCAGCGUGAAAGGUGAACACAUUUAUUAAAUAAUGAUAACACGAACAAAAACAACAAACGAUAAAGUGACGUCCUCGGUCUAACACAAACCACACUGGAACAAGAUCCCACAAACACUGUGGGAAAACUGGCUGCUUAAGUAUGGUUCCCAAUCAGAGACAACAAGCAACAGCUGAUACACGUUGCCUCUGAUUGAGAACCACACUGGCCAACAUAGAAAUACAAAACUAGAACAAAAACAAAUGAAAACUCACACCCUGGCUCAACAUACUAGAGUCCCCAGAGCCAGGGCGUGACAUUAUUUAUUUGUCAGUGGGCAAACGUACAAAAUCAGCAGGGGAUCAAAUACUUUUUUCCCUCACAGUAACUGGAUGCAUUAGAAUACAUUGAUUCUCUCUGCUUUUAGGAUGUUAGGAAGGAAUGAAAGAAGAACGGGUGCAUUUCUAGAACAUCUGUCCAAAGCCAUGGUGUUGUGUGUGUGUGUGUGUGUGUGUGUGUGUGUGUGUGUGUGUGUGUGUGUGUUGGUGUUGGUACUCCGCCUGAGAGGCAGCCGGUCUCUGUUGACCUAUUAUAGGUCAGUGAGAGAGUGAGUCCUAGUGGACCUGCUAUCUGUGUGUUUCUGUGUGGCGUGUGUGUGUGUGUGUGUGUGUGUUGGCCUGUCAAACUGCCCUGAAACUGACCUUUCCCUCCACUCCCUCCCUGGGGUCCUGUCUCUCUGCCAGACCUAGAGGCUCUGUGUGUAGCGAUGCUUACCUUCAACUCAUCCGUAACCAGCAGGGGGACAGUUAUUACCAUAACACACAGAGGAAAACUUCUGGCCUCUACAGCAGCUGAUAAAAUGUGGAAUAAGGAUUUGGGCGCUCAGCGCAGUCUUAGCUUAAAUUGCUACUGUAGCUUGAAACGACUUGGUUCUCCUCCACUACUUCCUCCAGUGUACCAUUACUGCUCUGGACAUCUGGCUCAUC